GUAACUUCGCAGAUCAGCGAGCUGUGGUUUUAACCAGCGGACAAGGGUGUUAUCGGGCUCGUUUGCUAGAGUCCAAGUCCUGGCAGAGGCGAUAUUGUGUUCUAGUGGAGCAAAGCGGCAAGACUCCAGAGAUUCAUGCAUUUGAGAAGUUGGAACAUUUCCAAAAAAAGAAGGAGGGGAAAGUGAUCAGUCUGGAUCAUGCGAAGGGAUUGCGGUGCCCCCACAAAAGGAAACUUGGUUUCGAUGUGAUCACAAAAAAGGACAAAUUCUGUUUUACGGCAGAAACAAAUGAGGACUAUAAAACCUGGGUGUCUAGCUUAAAGCGCUUCUUGAAAGUGGUUAUAAUAGCUGACGCCGACAGUGGAGAGGUGUCCGAUGACGACGAGAGUGAUAGUCACUGCUACAUGGAUGACAAUAUCAUAUAUGAGUCUGCGGAGACAACUCCCAUGUUCAAUGUCAUUGUUGAAGAGACAGAAGCUUCUGAAAGAUGUGGCUUGAAGGGACCGUACAUACUCGCGGUGAACAUUCAGAAUAUAGCAUUGGUGGACUGUAACACCAAAAAAGCUAUCUUCCAAUGGCCAUUCAGAUACAUCCGAAGGUUUGGCAAAACCAAGACCCACUUCCAGUUUGAGGCCGGCAGAAAGUGCCCAUCAGGGGAGGGGGAAUUUAGUUUAAAGACUAAUCAAGGCGUCAUGAUCUUUGACACAGUCACUAGCACAACGCAGAAGAUUCGAUGUCAUGGUGAUGACACAGUUUUAAGUGCGUCAGGGAAAUCCCAAAACGAGCCCAUUCAAGGUUCCCGUCUUAGUCAAGGUAGAAGUCAUGGCACCGGUGCUGCACCUGUGGAAACUAAAUUGUCCCCAAAGAUUACACCAAGAAGUGUUUCAGUAGAUCCUGAGAAAAGGUCAAGCGUUAAGUCAGGGGGAAAUGUAAUAGGAAUUACACAAGGCUUCACUUCACAGUUGAACCAAGUUAUACAGCAUAAAAAGGAUGGUGACCAUCUAGUUCCAAAUGCAAGAAGAGGAUCAAAUUCGUCUUCUGAAAGACUCUCAGAUGAUGUACAACAUGCAAAUAAGGGAGAUAAAAAAUCAGAUGAUGCACAACCUGCAAAGAAGUUGGAUAAAAAAGAACUGAAAGCAAAGAAAGAACAGGAACAAAAAGCAAAGAAGGAACAGGAACUGAGGGCAAAGAAGGAGGAACAAGAACAGAAAGCAAAGAAGGAACAGGAAUUGAAAGCAAAAAAGGAAGAACAGAAAGCAAAAAAGGAACAGGAACAAAAAAAAAAGAAACAGAAAGACAAAAAGGGAGAUGUGAAAAAGGGUGAGAGUGAGAAACCAGUACAGGCAACAUUGUCGGCAAGCACCCCAAGGUAUGGAGAAGCAAACCUUCAUGCAUAUGAGGAUAUAACUGACAUAACACCCAGCUGUAUCAACCAGCCAGGGCCGGAACCAUUAUACGCUGAAGCUGCUGAAACCUCCCUAAGACCUAUACCGAAACCAAAACCAAGAGCAGUGGACCAUAAGAAACAUGCUGUAGACAACCCAGACACUGUUGUGUACUCUGAGCCUGAGAAGAAGAAGGAUGCUUGGAAGCAGCAUGCUCGGCCUGAAGACAAUGUUCAUCAAGAGGAUUAUGACAACAUUAAAGUAGCUGCAACUUCCAGUCCUGGAGACCUGGCCAAUGGGGCGCCUACAUUUGUCACCCAGGAGGAGGAUGAAACUUAUGAUCGCAUAGUUCAUAUGGGCUCUAGGUCUCAAAUUGCAUCUGCUUCUGAGAAUAUAUACGGCAUGGCCUCGGGAAGAACGAUUGCUGAGCUUCAGAAGGAAAGAGCUGAGAAUGAAUACGAGGAGGCUACGUUUAAUACCAGUGCUAAGAAGAGUGUGUCCAUACCAGGUGCUUAUGAGGAACCAUCGUCAAUAUCACCAUCCCUUGCUCUUCCAUCCCAGGUUCCAGAUGAAGAAGAAGAAGAGGAAGAUGCAUAUGCGGCUAUCGAUUAAUGUGAUUAGCUAGCUUAUUGUGGUUUGGCUGGGGGCCAUUGAGUAAUGUGACUAGCUAGCUUAUUGUGGUUUGGCUGGGGGCCAUUGAGUAAUGUGAUUAGCUAGCUUAUUGUGGUUUGGCUGGGGGCCAUUGAGUAAUGUGACUAGCUAGCUUAUUGUGGUUUGGCUGGGGGCCAUUGAGUAAUGUGACUAGCUAGCUUAUUGUGGUUUGGCU